GGCUGCGUGACGUCAGGACGGUGCAGGACUCGAGCCCAUCCUCCUGAGCAGGCUGAGCGCGGCCGUGGCCGAGUGGCGCUGACGGGCGAGAGGAGCUGCACUUCACCCCAGCCAACCACCGAGGAAACAGUCCGCGCUGAAAUGAAGCACAGCCCGGCGCUCGCUGUGGAUUAAACAACGGAAACUUUUUUUUUUUUUUGCCAUGGCCGUAAACGUGACAGAGUAGAGUAGGCAACACAACAUCAACAGCAGCAGCAAGGACCCCUCGACUCGCACCUAGAUGCACGCACACACACGGCUAGUUAUGAACAAGAGCCGACUGCAGUUUCCAACAGCAAGCGUUUUAAGCGAAACAGCCUCGAGAAACGCCUAAGUUUUUCCUUCCCGGGUGUUCCUGAUUUUCAGUCACGAGCGCGCUCGAAGAAGCAGUUCUGAUCCUGCAAUAGUUAUGGCGGGGAAAGUGACAUCGCAAGGCACGGGAAUAUUGCUGGUCACAGCCAACGUUGGAUCGCUCUUCGAGGAUCCUGCAAACCUGCAGAAGGCAUGGCUGCGGGAGUUCUAUCAGACAGUGCACACACACAAACCACACUUUGUGGCGUUACACUGUCAAGAAGUGGGUGGGAAGAAUUACGAAGAAUCGAUGACUCACGUGGACAGCUUCGUCAAAGAGUUACUUUCCAGCGAUGCGAUGAAGGAGUACAACAGAGCCCGUGUCUACCUCGAUGAGAACUACAAGUCCCAGGAACAUUUUACAGCACUAGGAAGUUGCUACUUUGUACACGAAUCCUUGAAAAACAUCCACCAGUUUGAUUUCAAAGCCAAGAAAUUCAAGAAGGUGGCUGGCAAGGAGAUUUAUUCGGACACUUUAGAGAGUACAUCCAUGCUCGAGAAAGAGAAGUUUCCUCAAGACUACUUCCCUGAGUGCAAAUGGUCCAGAAAAGGCUUCAUCAGGACUCGCUGGGCUCUGGCAGACUGUGCUUUUGACCUGGUGAAUAUUCACUUGUUCCAUGAUGCCUCCAACCUGGUGGCCUGGGAGAACAGCCCUUCUGUCUACUCGGGCACGCGACAGAAAGCUCUUGGCUAUGUGCUGGACAGGAUCACAGACCAGCGUUAUGACAAGGUGCCAUAUUUUCUCUUUGGCGAUUUUAACUUCAGGCUGGACUCAAAACAGGUUAUAGAGAGUCUAUGCUCCACAGCUAUCAUGCAGACAGUUCGAGCUGCAGACACCAAUGAAGUGGACAAAGUCAUAUUCAGAGAGUCAGACAAUGACCGCAAGGUUGUGCUACAAAUCGAAAAGAAGCUUUUUAACUAUAUUAACCAGGAUGUUUUCCGGGAAAACAAUGGAACGCUGCUACUAGAGUUUGACAAAGAGCUGUCUGUCUUUAAGGACCGUCUGUGCGAGCUGGAGAUUUCCUUUCCUCCCAGCUAUCCAUACAGUGAGGACUGCAGUCAGGGGAAGCAGUACAUGAAUACGCGAUGCCCUGCCUGGUGUGACCGCAUCCUCAUGUCCACAUCUGCAAGAGACCUGGUCUUAAAGCCAGAGACUGAUGAGAAAUUGUUAACAUAUGACAAUAUUGGACCUAAUGUCUGUAUGGGGGACCACAAGCCUGUUUUCCUGUCCUUUCGAUUAACAACGGGGGCAGGUAAACCUAAUGCACAUAAGCACAAGUGUUGUGUCGUGCAGUGAUGUGAGAAAUGGUGCCAAAGGGUGGAGAGGAUUUCACGACAAGCUCCCUUGUGAGAAACUCUGAGACAGUUGGACAGACACACACACACACACACACACACACACACACACACACACACACACACACACACACACUUACGCUCACUCACAGAAGACCCAGUUAAGACUUUUCAGCAGGACUGACCAGUCGUAGUGAAACAAGUGCAUGCCGUCACGCCCAUAGAAAUGGCAGAUUGUAUCCAUGCGUUCUUCACAAUCAAGAACCCACGAUCAAGAACACUCACAGUACAUACAUGGACACAUACCUCUCACACACUGCUAAUGCCUCUCUCAAAUUGGGACACUCUCUUGAUGGACAAUCCCCUCCAACUUCUAUGGCCUCUCUCAGAAUACCAAGACAACACCAAGGACAACUCUUCUUACAUGUCAUAGCCUUGUUGCCAAAACUCUAAUAGAAAUUGAGAAGUACUACAUAUUUUAAAGACCAUACUUGCAAUUUUUAGGUAUGCCUCUACAUUAUAGGAGCUACUUCCAUAUCAUGUGUAAGAUGUUUUAAAAAGUGCAAUGCAAAAAAAAGUUGUUGUAUUUGUAUAGUGUUAGGUUUAUUUGUACAUUGGAUUAUUACAUAGUGGUGUUGAUGGUUUUUAGUGCUGUUUCUUUCUCUUUGACCAGAUUUUAUGGUCGCCCUGUGUUAGAAUAGAUAGGCAUUUUCAGUUCAUUUGAAAGAAUUGCAUUAUUUUCCUUUCUCCUUUUUUCUUUUCUUUUUUCCCAUGUUGGAUGAUUUGACUUGUUGCUGACUUGUGUGCGUAACACACUGCCAUGCCUCUGUCAUCUGCCGAGUCUCAUUUUUUACUGUACUUUUUAAAGAGAUAAUUUAUGAUUCUUACCAAAAUUGUUAUGCUGAAAUACGAAUACGAGACAGCUGCUUUGGGUGUUCUAUCAGCCAACACAACUGAAUAGUUAUAUCAAGAAAGGAAAAAAAAACAAAAAAACAUCAUCAUCUGAAGUGCACCUUUUUCAGUCAUAUGACUUAUAUAGCCUAUCAAAGCUAUUUUAACCAGUGCCAUAAGACCAUGCAAAGUAUAUAAGAUAUUGUUUCAUAUAGCAGUCUCACUUGGUUAUUUCAUUAUUAUUCUUAUUCUAACUUAUUUCUGUGUAAUAAUAUUAUGGUUCUGAAUGUGAUGUUUUAGGUAGGCUUGGGUAUCUUUAAAAAAAAAAAUGUACUUUUGUUCUCUUUAUUUUUGUUACUGCAUCAUGGUGCCAAGUAUUGUACACAGAUCUGAGUGGGAGUGAACAUGCCAUUUGUGCAGUGGGAUAGGAAGUCAAGGCUCUAAAUGAAAACCAGAGGUGGGUAGAGUAGCCUAUUUCCAUACUAAAGCAAACGUACUGUUAGUUCUGUGAAAUAAUGACUCGGGUAGAAGUACUUUUCAAACAAGUAGAGAAGUAGCAGGUUAAAAACUACUUAAGUACCGAAUAGCCAAUAGAACAGCAAUGGAACAACUUACUACAUCCAGCAUCUAUUAGCUUAGGAACCGAGGUUUCUGUUCUCUUUUUGAGGUCCUACUGGGCCUAAAUAAGCUGAAACUCAAACAUCAGAGUAAAUCAGUGCAGGUGAUGCUGCCAACUGUAGCUUAAGGAAAUAAAACCGAGAAAGGAAUUAGUAACUGAAUGUUAAUGGCUGAAGCAGAACUGAGUAAAAAGAUUCCUUUCCACAAAAAUACUUGAGCGGAAGUGAAAGUAUUAUCAUUUUAAAAUGCUCAGGAAAGUAGGUUUAUCAAAGUUCUACUCCAUUACAUACUUAAAAGAUGGUUCUUGAGGGGUUCUUUAGUAAAGUUUUGAAAAGGUUUCUAUAAAGCUCUAAGAAGGAUUCUUCUGUUGUUACAAGCUCAACUCCAUAACAACAGCAGAACCCUUUUACGGAACGGUUCUAUACAGAACCAUGUACAGCACAUUCUCCAUCAAUCAGAAGAACGAUUUCACAAAGUACAGAACCAUUUCAGCAGAAAAUAAUGGUUUAUGUAGCACUCAUGGUUCUUAAUAGAAUCAUUGCCUUGUACUAAAGAACCCUGGAAGAACCACCUUUUUACGUGAAACGAAGUAAACGCACCUAGUAACUGCCCACCUCUUCUAAGCACAGAGAAGAUCUUCUGGAUCGUCCAAGUAGGCUCGCUUGCUAGGUUGCAGAUCAUCGCCUCGUUAGUGCUUUGAGUAGCAGAGGCUGCUGAGGAAACGGCCGCCACGUUUCUUUCUCUUGAUUUCAAUGUACUACACUACAGAGUUCACGGAUCCUGUGGAGCCGUUACAUUGAUGAUAGACUGUUUGUGUUAUUUUAUUUUAUUCUUUCUCAUUUAAAUCACCAUAAGUGGGAACGAUAGCCUGUGUGGUCUCGGCAGUGAUGUGCUUAGACGAACCUGCUCGUUAAACGUUAACUCUUUCUUCUUCCUCCGCUCACUGCCUCCUGUAAAGCACACAGAAAUUGAGCUCCGUGGAUGCCGUGACCUCCUCAAGCAAUAAAAACCCAUUAGACCUGA